AAAGGGAAAGUGACACAUAAACUUUAACAACACACACACACACACAAAAUAAAUCCAUAGAGAGAGAGAGAGAGAGAGAGAGGUUUGUAAUCUAGAUCAUCAGAAACUGCACUUAUUAUAAUUUGAACUGAUUAUAUAAUAAAUUUAAAACUAUUAUUAUUAUUAAUUAAAGAUGGUGGUGUUGGAGAAUAUUAAGGGUGGUAUUUUUCAAAAAAUAUUGGAAUGUGUACCAUUUGGAGCAAUGGUAACAAUGGAGGCUUGCACUAUUAUCUUAACCAUUUGGGCUAAGACUGUCAUCACUAAUGGAAUGAGUCCAUUUGUUUUUGUGGUUUACACACAUGCUCUUUCUUCUAUUUUUCUCAUACCAUUUUCUUUCUUUUACCAUCGAAACGACAGAAAUGAUGAAGAGCCAGUAGUAUUCAACUUAAACCUCUUUCUGAGACUCUUCCUUCUGGGAUUAACAGGGAUCACUAUACCUCAAAACCUAGCAUUUUUGGGCCUAUCUUACAGUUCUCCAAUUGUAGUUUGUGCCAUGGGCCUUACCUUUCCAUCUUUGUCCUUCUUACUUUCUAUACUCCUCAGAACAACAAAAGUAAAUUGGAGAAGUAGGAGCUUCCAAACAAAAAUAUGUGGUACAAUAGUAUCAUUGGUUGGAGCAACAAUGGUGGAAUUGUAUAUGGGCCCACUUAUAAAACAAUCUUCUUCAUCUCUACAUGUACCAAUGCUUUUGGCAGCCAAGAAAUUUUUGAUAUUUUCUUCAAAUAAUACACAGUAUUGGGUUCUUGGUGGCCUUUUAUUAGCAGCUGCUAACUUAUGUGUUUGCUUUUGGAAUACUCUUCAGGCUGGAACUGUGAAACAAUACCCACAAGUGAUGAAAGUGGCAUCGUUUUACAGCACCAUUGGAACACUCCAAUCUGCUUUACUUUCAGCCUUAAUCUUCGAAAGAGAUCUAAAUGCUUGGAAACUAGAUCUUAACACCACCCAACUCCUUCUUAUUGUUUUAACAGCAAGUUUUAUGGGUGUUAUUCGAAGUUGUGUUCAUCUAUGGUGCAUGAGGAUGAAAGGUCCAUUUUAUGUUCCUAUGUUCAAGCCAUUUGGUGUUGUUUUUGCCACUAUUUUUGGUACUAGCCUCCCUGCAAGUACUCUUCGUUACGGAAGUGUGAUUGGAACGGCUAUAGUUGGAAUGGGGUACUUUACAGUGAUGUGGGGUCAACUAAACCAUGAAGAUGAAGUGAGUUCUAAUAGUAAUAAUACUAAACAAUAUGAUGUUGAGUCACCUCCACAAGAGUAUAUUAAUGAUGAUGAUGAUGAUGAUGAUGACAAUAACAUCAAAACUCCUCUCUUGAAACCUCAACAAAACUACGUCCAAUAAUAAUAAUAAUAUAUCAAAGGCUAGCUUUGGCUCUUCAUUAUUAUUGGGAAGAUCGAAGCAACCUCAUUUUGUACAUAUAAUAAUAAUAAUAAUUAGUUUUUCUUUUCUUUUAUUAUUGAUGAUCAAGAUGAUGAUCGAGUAUUAUGAGUCGAUGAUGAUCGAGUAUUAUGAGUCGAUGAUCUCCGAGUUUGUUUGGUUUUGGUACGUACGUGUGUGUGCAUAUGUAUAUGAUUGAAUUAUGAAGAUCAAAAGCCAAAUUUUGUAGGCUUUUUCUUUGUAAACUUUCAUUUUCUUUUUCAUUUUGAACAAUGUAUAGAGUCCAUGAUAAGAAAUAAUGCCAAGAAUGUAUUUAGUGCCCUCCAA